UAGACGAUAUUUUAAUUUUCCAGCUCGGCCUUCCCCCUGCUUUGCUCCUGGAGCUUCGCCGGUUAGCCGCUCUGCGAGAGAAGAUGAAGAUUGCAAUGGCGAUUCGAUCGCUGCGAAAACCUCUGCUUCAUCGCACCGCACAUCUCGGGAAUCCGCCUCCCCUCCCUUCAUUCCCAAAACUCUCCAAAUUCGCGGUCUCCGUCGCCGCCAGACCUCGCCCGAUCGUCGCGUCGAGCGCAGCCCUGGAAUGGCGAACCGGCGAGCGAACAUGUCGCCGGGGCGGCUUCUGCUCCGGCAGCUCCGGGCAUAGCAAGGCGCCGGGCUCUUGCUUCUACAGCAACGGGGGUGCCGCUUCCUCGAGUUACAGUGGCGGCAGUGGCAGCAGUUACUUGGAGUUGACCGACGAAGAGCUGAUGAGGCAGUGCGAGAUGAGCACGUUCAAGUCGUCGGGCCCCGGCGGCCAGCACCGCAAUAAGCGCGAAUCGGCGGUCCGCCUCAAGCACAUCCCCACUGGUAUCAUUGCGCAAGCUGUUGAGGACCGAUCGCAGCACAAGAAUCGAGCGUCAGCUUUACUCCGCCUCCGCACUCUCUUGGCUCUUAAAGUGAGGAAUGCUGUUGAUCUUGAGGCAUACUCACCUCCCAAAGAGCUCCUUCAAAUACUUCCCCUGAAGUCGACUGUUAGAGGAUCUGAUUGUGGACCCCAAAUUGGACCGAACAAUCCAAAGUUUAUGCUGGGAGUGCAAGCCUUGCUGGAUCUACUAUCUGCCCUUGAAGGUUCUGUUUCCGAAGUAGCAAAAUUACUAGGUCUAAGCACAGGAGCAUUAUCACGAUUGAUCCUUUCAGAUGACUCUCUUAGGCUGGCAGUGAAUGAGUUAAGGGCAUCUAAGGGAAUGAAGCCUCUCAAGUGAGACUAUCAAAGCUAUCCAUACCAGAUAUUCCGAAUGGUUGUGAUGAGAAGUGCCUUUCUCGUCUCAUGCAGAAGCCUUCAGCAUCGAUAGCAUGACUUGUGCAAUUAGCAAGCUAAGCUGCCUAUCCCGCAUGCAUCAUACACCUUUAUACAUUGAUCCAGGCAAACAUUUUUCAGGGAUAGUCUUGGUUUUUACCUGCUGAAGUUCAUGUAAAGUUUACUGGCCAGGUUGACUCUGAGUCUGACCAAGUGUUGAUUUUUGUAUCUUUUUAACUUACCAGAUCAGUUUGUGCUCAUGUUUACAAAUUUCUGCUAGAUGACAUGGGGACAAUUUUUCGCCGGAUGUCCUGACCUGCUGAUAUUGAGCAUAAAAAUGACUCGUGUAUUUGUGAAUAUUUAUUAGAGUAACAUCAGAGAGAUUAAUAGUCAGUUUGCAAUAUGUUAUUAUAGGAGCUAUUGCAGUUA